AACUUCCCUCUGUGGGAAGCAAUUUCACUUUUGUCCACACAGCGGUACUAUUCAUUGACAAUAACGGGUGUGUUUCGAUAUUGUCUGCUCCUGUUCCGAAGUGACCAGGUUUAACGCACUAAAAGUUUCAUUUCAAGUAAUUAAUACGCUGCAGGUAGGAAGUGCCUGCGUUGUUUACUUCAAACUGUUUGUUGUUGGACCAGGCAACAUUUAGCUCGUAUGCAAAUUACAUGAGUUAAUUGUCCCUGCAUGCGCUUAAAAAUCUCACUGACUUAACUUUCGCAUGAAGUCAGGCGAAUUGACCUUAGAAGAAUGCUUAAGCCAUAAAUUAUAAUCAACUCUCCAUCCACCGCCUGAUCCAUUCAAAGACAAUACACAAACCUGGACAAACGGGCUGCCUUUAGCCUGCGAAAUAUCUAAUCGUUGUGCGCUGGCUAUCUGCACGUGGAUUUGGGGAGGAACUUGUGGUUUUACGCGAGUGCAGUGCAUUUCCUUGCUGGUCCGGCGGAGAGAUAUCGACGCGCUGACGCAUGUGGUGCCAGUCAUUUUCAUGAAUUCAAAAUCUUCUUACCAGUAGUCACUGGGAGUUGGGGAUCAAGUCUUUCUGUUAGUAACCCCAAACGCUGACAUGGAGGGCUUUCUACGUAGCAGCUUUUUACUGAGCAGAAUCAUGUCUUCCAAACAAGCCACCUCCCCAUUCGCCUCUGCCCCUGACGGCGACGACGCCAUGAUGAGCCAGGACCGGCUGGCCUGGGAGAAGGAGGAGGGUGCCGCCGCCAUGGCCAUAGCCCCAGACGGCCUCCUGCCCCUGCCCAACCUGCUGCACGGCAAAGGCCACCCCGAGGAACUGCCCCCUAUCAGCAGCGUGCCGCCGGAGGCCGACUGGGACAAUCUGCUGUCAGCUCAGCAGCGCAUGGAAUCUGACAGCAAUAAAGUAUGUUCCCUGUACUCCUCCUUCCGGAAUAACUCUACCUCUCCACACAAGCCUGAAGAGGGGGCCCGGGAGCGCGGUGACCUGCUGAGCAGCUCGGCGUUCGGGACGCCAGAGCGACGCAAAGGAAGUCUGGCCGACGUGGUGGACACACUCAAGCAGAAGAAACUGGAGGAGAUGACAAAGACAGAGCAGGACGAGUCCUCCUGCAUGGAAACACUGCUCUCCAAAGACUGGAAGGAGAAGAUGGAGCGACUAAACACCAGUGAACUUCUGGGAGAGAUAAAAGCAGGUACCCCUGAGAGCCUUGCGGAGAAGGAGCGUCAGCUCUCCACCAUGAUCACCCAGCUGAUCAGCCUGCGCGAGCAGCUCCUGGCUGCCCAUGACGAGCAGAAGAAACUGGCCGCCUCACAGAUGGAGAAGCAGCGCCAGCAAAUGGAACUGGCCCGCCAGCAGCAGGAACAGAUUGCAAGACAACAGCAGCAACUUCUGCAGCAGCAGCACAAAAUCAAUCUUCUCCAGCAGCAGAUUCAGCAGGUCCAGGGUCACAUGCCUCCGCUCAUGAUCCCCAUUUUUCCACACGACCAGCGCACUCUGGCUGCUGCCGCCGCCGCCCAGCAGGGAUUCCUCUUCCCGCCGGGAAUGUCCUACAAGCCAGGUGAUAACUACCCGGUGCAGUUCAUUCCAUCCACAAUGGCAGCUGCCGCCGCGUCAGGACUCAACCCUCUGCAGCUUCAGCAACUGUACGCCGCCCAGCUGGCCAGCAUGCAGGUCUCUCCCGGAGCCAAGAUGCCACCGCUGUCCCAGCCCCCCAACGCUGGCGCGCCCAUCUCCCCCACGGGCCUCAAGAACGACAAGAGGUCCUCCAGCCCCGUCACUCAAGUCAAGGAGGAGGCCCCCCUCAACCUGUCUGCCCGGCCCAAGACGGCCGAGUCCAUCAAGUCCCCGACAUCCCCCACACACAGCCUCUUCCACGGCAGCAAGAGCAGCCCGAACAGCCUGUCAGCCAAGGGGGGCAUCCCCAGCCCCCUCGGACUCAUGGGCCGCGGCUCCUCUCUGGACAUCCUGUCCAGCCUGAACUCCACAGCGCUGUUUGGAGACCAGGACUCAGUGAUGAAGGCCAUCCAGGAGGCAAGGAAGAUGAGAGAACAGAUCCAGAGAGAGCAGCUCCAGCACCACCAGCAGGGCAUGGAGGCCAAGCUCCAAGCCCUCACCAGCAUGGGCCUCAACUGCCGCUCUGACAAGGAGAGAUCUCACUUCGACAGCCUGACUCAUCCUUUGGCCAAGCUGGGAGAAGAAGUCAAAAUUGGGCAGCGAGUCAUAGAUCUUACCAGACCAGAGGAUCUAGAUGGAGGCGCCAGCACAGGCGAGGCACGGGUCUUCAGGGAAUCCCGAGGAAGGAACAGCAACGAGCCGCACAUCAAACGGCCCAUGAACGCCUUCAUGGUCUGGGCCAAGGAUGAACGCCGCAAAAUCCUCCAGGCCUUUCCAGACAUGCACAAUUCCAACAUCAGCAAAAUCCUGGGUUCUCGCUGGAAGUCGAUGAGUAACCAGGAGAAGCAGCCGUACUACGAAGAGCAGGCACGCCUCAGCAAGAUCCACCUGGAGAAGUACCCCAACUACAAGUACAAGCCACGGCCCAAACGCACCUGCAUCAUCGACGGGAAGAAGCUGCGCAUCGGCGAGUACAAGCAGAUGAUGCGAUCGCGGAGACAGGAGAUGAGGCAGUUCUUCACUGUGGGGCAACAGCCACAGACACAGCUCCCCAUCAGUACCAAUGCAGGUGUGGUCUACCCUGGAGCCAUAACCAUGACGACCACCACCACGCCCUCCCCGCAUAUGACGUCGGACUGCUCCAGCGCCUCGGCCAGUCCCGAGCCCACCAUCCCCGUCAUCCAGAGCACCUUCGGCUUGAAGAUGGAACCCAAUGCCAUGGUGACCAGCGACGCCAUCAACGGCGAGGACGAAAUAGAUAUGUACGAGGACUUUGAGGAUGAGCCCAAAUCGGACUACAGUAGUGAGAAUGACACACAGGAGCCUGUCAGUGCCAACUAGAGGCCAAACCCACACACAACCCCAGCCCACACCAACCCCAACCCCAACCCCCACACCCACAACCAAGAGUGUACAUCUACUGGAGAGAACGGGGAGCACCCGAAGGAAGAGAAGGAGACAAACAAGAACUAAAAAACAAAAAGAGAAACAUUUCUUUUUGAUGAUAUUAUCUUCAGGAGCCUGCAUGCAUAUGUGGCUCCCUCAGAAACAAACAGCUAUUGGUCUUAAGUGUUUUUAAAAGUGUGAAGCAGUUUGAUUGUGUUGAAUUUUGGCUUUUUAUUAUCUCAUUGUUUAUUUUGUGUUUUUUUGUUUUGUUUUGUUUUUGAUGGACAUAUACACAGUUAGGGUUAUUGCCUAAAACAUUUGGAUGACAGGACUUGAAAAUUAACAUCCAUAGCUCUCACAGUCUUACUUUAUUGUUUGUAUCAGUAUACAUGUAUGUUUUUUUAAUGUGUUGAUUGCUUUUGUUAGCUUACAUUACUGUUCAUGAUGGGGGUUUAUAUUCUCACUCAGGUAUGCUGUGCCAGCUUACAGCUCGUGAAUGUUUUUAAUCUGAUCAGUUUUAAAUGAGGAAGAUAACAAAAACGAAACAUUUUAAAUUUCAUCGCAAGAUAAAACAGUCUCAAAUCUGAGAACAGAGGGAAGGCAACAGACUCCCAAUUAUUAUUAUUAUUAUUAUUAUUAUUAAUAUUAUUAUUAUUGAGAUAAGUUCCAGUGUGCCAAACAUUUCAUAAGCUUCCUUUUUUCGUAAAUCUCUUUUUUUAUAUUAUUAUUUCUUUUAGUCUUAAGGGAGACUGUAUUUUGGACAAUCUUUGAUAUCAGAUCGAAGCUCCCCCUCCACCCCAAGUCUUGUUUCGGUGCAUCUGUGCUCUUUAUCAUGGAAAAGCACUCAGGAAUCUGUGUGAUGUUUGCGGUUUUUGAUGAGAUGGCCUGUAAGUGCUUGCUGGCCAAGGAGUUGUUGGAGUAAUACUUUUCUCCAGAAAGUUUAAUACAGUGAUCAACAGAACCAAGUUACCCACCCCCCACCCCUCGCCUAGCUCUCCAAUUCAGUCUUACACACUAAGUUCUUAAUCAGAGUGAUUGUAAUCAGUCCAGAAUGCCAAGGGGCCAAAGGCAUCCAAUCCACUGACUUGGAAAGGCAGCAAAGGCAGCUUUGGUGGCAUUACAAUCGUAAAUUGCUGUUGUCCAAUAUGCACAGUACAUUCUCUUAAACACUUUAGCCUCCACCAGGGCACAAAGUUUAAAGUCCUUAAAGUCUUCUUUUCCUGAAUUUAAAUCUUUGGGACAUUGUAAAUCUUAAUUGACACAAGAAAGUCUUAGAGCAGAGCAUGGUCUUUGGGUUCAUGCGAUGUGCUCCUCAUUACAAGGUCUUAAGAAAAGCUCCAGUUUAUCUGGAUGCAGUGGGCCAGUUGCAACGAGGGCAGGUGUAGGGAACUGCCCCCAGAUUUGUACAAGCAAUGAAUAUCAGCACUUAAUCUCUCCACAAGUAUUCAGAACAAGAAAUAUUGCACAUUUUCAAACCUCUGCAUUUUAAAUGCAUCCUGACAUAUUGCAUCAGAUAUUAUGAUUUUUAGCUUUGGUACGUUUGAUCAUUGACAAGUUCUAGGAUGCUAGAUAUUAUAAAAGGAAAAAGAAAGAUAUCUACUGAUAAAGUGAUAAAAUGGCAUAAUUUCAAUUUGAACUGCUGAUACAAUCAGUGCAGAUUUUCUAAAAGCACAGAAUUCUUGAUACAAAAAACAAACCCAAUCCUUUGCCUCACUGUAGUGGCAAGGAUCUUUUAAUCAUUAGAACGUCUCCUUGCAGAAGGGCAGCAAAGAGACGGGCAGCGGUCAGGCCCACUGGUUGCUGCUGCGUUCCCGCUGUGGCCUCCUGAGGGGUGCGGGGUCUAGCGCACCUUCAUCUCCGCCCUGCUCCCCCGCCACCCCUGCCCCUGCCCCCGCGAGAGUGCCAUCUGGCACGGGCCGGCAAAGCAGCGGUGCCCGGGCAGAGGAGAACAAUGCCGGCAGAGGCCUUAUCGUUUUCAUUGUGCCCUCCAUCAAAGUGAGGGUGAAAAGGCCACGGCCGCAUUCAGGCCUGUGGCGCUGGCGAGCAGAUGGAACAAGUACAUCACGCUGUGGGGGAUUAUUAAAAUGACUUACGAGUCGCUAUCAUCCCAAAUACGGCAUUAUUAAUGCAUGAGGCCUGCCAUUUUCCCCCUGCCCUUGAACCUGUCCAUCUAAUCCACUACACAGAGAUAACGGUUUGAAACUGCUGGCCAUACCCAUCCCAACCCCUCAGUGUCUCUGUCACUCACUCGAUCGCUUUGGUGCUGCUGAUCACUGCAUUAGCUUUUCACGGUACGGAUGGAUGUGAAGAUCUUAUUCUCUCUUGUCACAUCGACUGUGAUAGUGUCUGUUUAUCCCCAGACCCCCCCCACCCCUCACCCCCAUUUGAAAGCAUUUAACAAAAAGGCUUAGAAGUUUUAAGCACUUCUCUAUAAGAACAUUUGUGUUUGUAUUCUAGAAUUUUUGUAAUUUUUUUUCAUCUUUUUAAAAGGUACAGUGCUUGGCAGGAUCCCUAUCGUUCUCCGUCAAAGCAAAGUCAAGCUCUCUCUUUUCUCUAUAGGCCAACUUGUGUGUCUUGUUUGAAGCUGUCACUUCUGUGUGCUGGUUGAUUGGUUGAUUUGUACAUGAUUUGUACAUAUUUUUGUGACCAUGCCAAAACAAUUUUGUAGGCUGGUGGACAACAAAAGGACUGUCUUUGGACUCUUCGGACUUGAAACUUGAUUGCGCUAGUAUAACAAACAAACAAAAAAACAAAAAAAGAUUUAAAAAAGGACAAAAAAGAAGUUCAUUCUCACACAGAGACAAUGUUUCAUAAGUGUUAUGAGCACUGGAUAUAAAUGGUAUUUUUUAUCAAUUCUGACUAAUGUGAAGCUGUUGUGCGAGGAAAAAAAAACUACAUGAACAAAAGUCACCUGUUUGAACUCAUGUGGGCUCGUCUCACAGUUGCCAGAUCUGAGUCAUGUUUCUGUCUACUUAUUUUGUUUAUUUAUGCAAAGACACGUGAUGAAUGAACAUUUCAUUUAAGCUCCAGGGCUGCCUAGGGGAUGGGAAGAAGUUGACAGAAGGCUUGCAUAUUGACUGGCCAACUGAGACACACCGGACAUCAGUAUCACAUUUUAUUAGUCACGUAUAUUUGUGUUGUAUAUUGUAUUUGAAGCUAUAUAGUGCAUAUAGACAUUUUAUUGUAUUUAUUAGCCAUUGUUGGCUCUAAAAGUGUCAGUAGAACAGAAUAAACGGACAAUCAGAAAAAAAAAUAAACAGUUGAGAUUUGAACCAGAAUUGGAGCUCAAAACAAAGUUUCUUUUCUUUCUUUCAUGCUUUUUUUUUUACAAAUUCACCAUCUCAUCACAGAUGUUUUAUUGUACAUAUAACAUAGGAAAAUAGAAAUCUAUUUUUGUUCAUGGAUACUUAGUGAAGUAUAAGUUAUGUAUUUGACUUUUUUUCACAUUGUGUAUGUUGGUCCUUGUUCUGAAAAAAAAGAAACUGACAAGUCACUGUACCUCAUGUAGAUGCUGAACUGACAUCCCUGUUGAACAAGCAGUAUUUCACCUGUAGCUGAAACAGCCAAGCACCUUGCUUGUGUUUCAAUGAUAAUCAUUAGACCUGUUCAAUCAGCCAAAACUGUACUACUUGUGAACCAGUUGUCUAUUGGAAUUAUACACAGAAAACGUUUUACAGUGCAGUGCAAUGCAACCAAGUGUCAAACUCUGCAGGAAAUUAUCUGAACUGACAGUGUUACAGAUGUAUGUGAAUGGCUAGGUCUCAACCCCUUUACAAUGAAAAUGUUUGUAUCACAGAUAGUUCUGUCACAAUAAUAAGUGGUCACAAUAAGUUAUUGGAUAUGGCGGCUGUCAUUCAAUAAUGUGCCAAAUUUUGCCCCAAACCCAAAUUGGUGUGAAAAAAAAAACAUUUGCAUGCAUCAGUUUUACAGAACAAUUUUAAUAUACUAAAAAAUAGAAGAAUACAAUUACAUUUCUUGAAAUCACAGGUGAGGUUCUUGGAUAGCGUAGAUCAUAGGGGACGUGCAAAUAUUUAUUAGAAUCUAUGCUGUACACGGAUACUCGUGCGCAUUCUCUGUCCUCUUUAGUCCUUUUUGUCUCUUAUUACUAUCUUAAAAAUUGACGUUUUUUCAUAAAACGCAGCCAGCAGCAAUCUAGCCCAAUUGACAUUUCUGUUCCUUCAUCAUUGUCACUGCCAUAUUAACACAAUGUAGAUACAACUGAAGACAGAGCUCGAAUGCUGUUUUUACUUAACUUAACUUACUGUAAUUCUUUUUUUUUUCUGUCAUUGAACUUAUGUGAUGUAUAUUGUGGGAUUGUUCUUUGUUAAUUUAAUCAGCACAAUUCACUGACAUGCUGGACUGACAUGCUAGCUGCUGUUCAGAAGAGUAAAAUGUUUGCUGUUUGGGACAACAUAAUAUGCUGUUGUCCAUGGUACUCUGCUUCUUAGGUUAUUUGUGUUCUCCAAAUCGUCUCCUCAGCAACACUGUGCGUAAUGCUCCUCUGUUGCUUCAGCCGCAGUUAUUUUGAUUCCCUUUGGCAGCCUAAUACAUGUUUGUUUUUGUUUGUUUGUUUGUUUGUUUGUUCUUUUGCAUAGAGACCGGUUACUCGACUGGUACCUAGGCCUUUGGCAGGUAUUGAUCGGGAGUUAGAGGUGAUGAAAUAGUGUCUGUUGCUGCUUUUAAAAGUUUUAAGUCUGAAAAAUGUAAAUAGUUUAUCAUAAUAUCUUGUACAGUCCAGUGUAAAGUUUUUAAUUGAACUUAAAAAGGUUGCCAUCACAUUUGUGUUCACAUUCUUCUUUAUACAGUGCAAAAGACAGCUAUUUGCUAAGGAUAUUAUUGUUUUAAAAAAGAAAUGAAAAAAAAUGGUACUAAAAAUAUUUUUUGCUUGGCUUCAAUAUGUAAACCAGCAAGUCCUUGGUUUCCAUGUGCAGUAUUGACGUGAGGUAAACUAAAGGUUAAAUAAUUCAGUGCUAUGUUUGGAGACCAGUCUUCUCUGUUUUGGUAGUAUUAAUAUAUCAGAUAAAGUAUACCAGAUGAGUGACACAUUUGGGUGUUUUUAGGCACCUUAGUGGUGUAUAAAUUAUUUAGGUUGUUUCCCUACAGGAUGCAUUUUGGCAUAUCAUAAUGUAACACCAUCUUUCUACAGUACCGUAUGUGUACGCAGUCAAGUCGAUGUAACACGACAGAAUUUGGUGUUACCUCCUGUUUAUCAUUUACCUCAAGAGUGUCCUCCUUUUCCAUAAAAAGAAAAUGAAAUCACACAAGAAAAAAAGCCGUCUCACCACCACUCCAUCUUUUGUACUGCUGUUGACACUUACAAAUUAAAGAGACAUUUUGUUUUACGA